AUGGCUAAAUUGUCUGCUCCCAUUUCUCCCCCAAUGGAGUCGACUGGCGACCGUUUGAUGACCUUGCAAACCAAGGACGGUGUUGCCUUGCAAGGUUACUCUUUCGGUGCCCCCGUUGCCGCCGCCGGUGAGGUUGUUUUCCAGACCGGUAUGGUUGGUUACCCAGAAUCUGUUACAGACCCUUCCUACGAGGGCCAGAUUUUGGUCAUCACCUACCCACUCGUGGGUAACUACGGUGUUCCAGACACCGAAUUGAAGUGUGACAUUGUCGACGCUUUGCCAAAAUACUUUGAGUCUAACCGCAUCCACAUUGCUGGUUUGGUGGUGGCUCACUACACUGAGGAGUACUCUCACUUCUUGGCCAAGUCCUCAUUGGGCCAGUGGUUGCAGAAGGAGGGUAUCCCAGCCAUGUACGGUGUGGACACCAGAGCCUUGACCAAGAAGUUGAGAAACGAAGGUUCCACUUUGGGUAGAAUCGCCAUCCAGAAGACCACCACCAAGCACGAUGAGGUGGUUGGUAAGGACGAGUGGGAGCCAUUCUUCGACGUUCCUGAGUGGGAUGACCCUAACGUCAAAAACUUGGUUGCCAAGGUCUCUACCAAGGAGCCAAAGUUGUACAAGCCCAAGGACAAUGUCAAGACUGACAAGAACGGUAAGCCUAUCCGUAUUGUCACCGUUGAUGUGGGUAUGAAGUACAACCAGAUCCGUUGUUUCGUUUCCAGAGGUGUCGAAUUGAUGGUUGUGCCAUGGGACUACGACUACACCAAGGAGGAGUACGACGGUUUGUUUAUCUCUAACGGUCCUGGUGACCCUCAAGUCAUGACCGAGACUGUCGAGAGAUUGCAGAAGGUCAUGAAGGAGGGCAAGACCCCUGUCUUCGGUAUUUGUUUGGGUCACCAGUUGAUGGCUCGUGCUAGCGGUGCUGACACCAUCAAGUUGAAGUUCGGUAACCGUGGCCACAACAUCCCAUGUACCUCCACCAUUUCUGGCAGAUGUUACAUCACUUCCCAGAACCACGGUUUCGCUGUUGAUGCUUCCACUUUGACCGACGGCUGGAAGGAAUUGUUCGUCAACGCCAACGACAACUCCAACGAGGGUAUCUACCAUGUCGAGAAGCCAUUCUUCUCCGUCCAGUUCCACCCUGAGUCCACUCCUGGUCCAAGAGACACUGAGUUCUUGUUCGAUGUCUUCAUCAACUCCGUGAUUGACUUCAAGAACACCGGUGUUUUCAAGCAGGUGUCCUUCCCUGGUGGCCACAUCGAGGAGAACAGAGCCGCUCACCCAAGAGAGAACGUCAAGAAGGUCCUUGUUUUGGGAUCUGGUGGUUUGUCCAUUGGUCAGGCCGGUGAGUUCGACUACUCUGGUUCUCAGGCUAUCAAGGCUUUGAGAGAGGAGGGUAUUUACACCAUCUUGAUUAACCCUAACAUCGCUACUAUCCAGACCUCCAAGGGUUUGGCCGACAAGGUCUACUUCUUGCCAGUCAACCCAGACUUCGUUAGAAAGGUUAUCAAGCACGAGCGUCCAGACGGUAUCUACUGUACUUUCGGUGGUCAGACCGCUUUGAGUGUUGGUAUCGCUUUGAAGGACGAAUUCGAGGGUUUGGGCGUCAAGGUCUUGGGUACCCCGAUUGACACUGUUAUCACCACUGAGGACAGAGAGUUGUUCGCUUCUGCUAUGGAGGAGAUCAACGAGAAGUGUGCCAGAUCCGAGGCUUGUUCCACCACCGAAGAGGCUGUUGAGGCUGCCAAUGCCAUUGGCUACCCAUUGAUUAUCAGAGCUGCCUAUGCUUUGGGUGGUUUGGGUUCUGGUUUCGCUGACAACGAGACUGAAUUGAGAGACUUGUGUGCCAAGGCUUUCGCCACUUCUCCUCAGGUUCUUGUUGAGAGAUCCAUGAAGGGUUGGAAGGAAGUCGAGUAUGAGGUUGUUCGUGAUGCCUUCGACAACUGUAUUACCGUCUGUAACAUGGAGAACUUCGAUCCAUUGGGUAUUCACACUGGUGACUCUAUCGUUGUCGCUCCUUCCCAGACCUUGUCUGACGAAGACUACAACAUGUUGAGAACAACUGCUGUCAACGUUAUCAGACAUUUGGGUGUUGUGGGUGAGUGUAACAUUCAAUACGCUCUUAACCCAUUCUCCAAGGAGUACUGUAUCAUUGAGGUGAACGCCAGAUUGUCUCGUUCUUCUGCUUUGGCCUCUAAGGCUACUGGUUACCCAUUGGCUUACACCGCUGCUAAGUUGGGUUUGAACAUCCCAUUGAACGAGAUCAAGAACUCCGUCACCAAGUCUACCUGUGCUUGUUUCGAGCCAUCUCUUGAUUACGUUGUCGUCAAGAUUCCAAGAUGGGAUUUGAAGAAGUUUACCAGAGUUUCUUCUUUGUUGUCUUCCUCCAUGAAAUCCGUUGGUGAGGUCAUGUCCAUCGGUAGAACCUUCGAGGAAGCCAUCCAGAAGGCCAUCAGAUCUACUGACUACCACAACUUGGGUUUCAACAAGACCGCUGCUUUGAUGUCUAUCGACAUUGACACCGAAUUGCAGACCCCAUCUGACCAGCGUUUGUUCGCUGUUGCCAAUGCUCUUUCCGAUGGCUACUCCGUCGACAAGGUCUGGCAAUUGACCAACAUCGACAAGUGGUUUUUGAACAAGUUGGACGGUUUGAUCAAGUUUGGUAACAAGAUCGCUUCUUUUGGUACCAAGGAGAACUUGCCUAUUGGUAUCUUGAGACAGGCCAAGCAGUUGGGCUUUGAGGACAGACAGGUUGCCAAGUUCUUGGACUCCAACGAAGUUGCCAUCAGAAGAUUGAGAAAGGAAGCCGGCAUUGUUCCAUUUGUUAAGCAGAUUGAUACCGUUGCUGCCGAGUUCCCUGCCUUCACCAACUACUUGUACAUCACCUACAAUGCUGACUCCUCCGAUGUCACAUUCGAUGACCAUGGUGUUAUUGUCUUGGGUUCAGGUGUUUACAGAAUUGGUUCUUCUGUCGAGUUCGACUGGUGUGCUGUCAGAGCUAUUAGAACUUUGAGAGAGAACAAGUUGAAGACCAUUAUGAUCAACUACAACCCUGAGACUGUUUCUACCGAUUACGAUGAGGCCGACAGAUUGUACUUCGAGACCAUCAACUUGGAGAGAGUCAUGGAUAUUUACGACUUGGAGCAGUCAUCUGGUGUCAUCAUCUCUAUGGGUGGUCAGACUUCUAACAACAUUGCUUUGCCAUUGCACCGUCAAAACGUCAAGAUUUUGGGUACUUCUCCUGAGAUGAUUGACUCUGCUGAGAACAGAUACAAGUUCUCCAGAAUGUUGGACAAGAUUGGCGUUGACCAGCCUGCCUGGAAGGAGUUGACCUCUAUUGACGAGGCCGAGGAGUUCGCCGAGAAGGUUUCCUACCCAGUCUUGGUUCGUCCUUCUUACGUCUUGUCUGGUGCUGCCAUGAACACUGUUUACUCCAAGGCUGACUUGGCUUCUUACUUGUCUCAGGCUGUUGAUGUCUCCCCAGACUACCCAGUUGUGAUCACCAAGUACAUUGAGAACGCUAAGGAGAUUGAGAUGGACGCUGUUGCCAAGGACGGUAAGAUGAUCAUGCACGUCGUCUCUGAGCACGUCGAGAACGCUGGUGUUCACUCUGGUGACGCUACCCUUGUUGUUCCACCUCAGGACUUGGACCCAGAGACUGUCUCUAGAAUUGUCGAAGCUACUGCUAAGAUUGGUAAGGCUUUGGACAUCACUGGUCCUUACAACAUUCAGUUCAUUGCUAAGGACAAGGACAUCAAGGUUAUCGAGUGUAACGUUCGUGCCUCCCGUUCCUUCCCAUUUAUCUCCAAGGUUGUUGGCACUGACUUGAUUGAGAUGGCUACCAAGGCCAUCAUGGACUUGCCAGUCACCCCAUACCCAGGCGAGAAGUUGCCAGAGGACUACUGUGCCGUUAAGGUUCCUCAGUUCUCUUUCUCCAGAUUGGCUGGUGCCGACCCUGUUUUGGGUGUUGAGAUGGCUUCCACUGGUGAGGUUGCUACUUUCGGUAGAAACAAGUACGAGGCCUACUUGAAGUCUUUGAUUUCUACUGGUUUCAAGUUGCCAAAGAAGAACUUCUUGUUCUCCAUUGGUUCCUACAAGGAGAAGCAGGAGUUGUUGCCAUCCAUCAGAAAGUUGCAUGAGUUGGACUACAAGUUGUUUGCCACUGCCGGUACUGCUGACUUCAUCAAGGAGCAUGGUAUCCCAGUUCACUACUUGGAGGUCAUGGGCAAGGGUGAGGACCAGAAGUCCGAGUUCUCUUUGACUCAGCACUUGGCUAACAACAUGAUCGAUGUCUACAUCAACUUGCCAUCCUCCAACAGAUUCCGUCGUCCUGCUUCUUACAUGUCCAAGGGUUACGAAUCUCGUCGUAUGGCUGUUGACUACUCUGUGCCAUUGGUCACUAACGUGAAGUGUGCCAAGCUCUUGGUUGAAGCUAUUGCCAGAAACAUUGACUUGAACGUUUCCAACAACGAUGCUCAGACCUCGCACACCACCACCGAAUUGCCAGGUUUGGUCAACAUGACCAGCUUCGUUCCAUCUUUCGAUGAUUUCGAGGUCACCACCAAGGAGUCCUUGUCUUCUGGUUUCACUUUCAACGCUUUCUUGCCUCAAACCGUUGCUGGCUCCGUUGUCUACGACGCUGACACUUUGGCUGACGCCAUCUCCACCGCUUCGGACUCUGCCUUCACCAACUUUUCCAUGAGUCUUGCUGGUUCUGCUACCAACUCCGAGGACUGUGCUGAGGCCGCCGAGAAUGCUGGUGCUUUGUUCUUGCCAUUCAACGACUUCGCCAACUCCAAGGUGUCUUCCAUCACUGCUCACUUUGCUUCUUGGCCUCAAUCUAAGCCAAUUGUCACCGACGCUUGCUCUACUGACUUGGCUUCUGUUUUGUUGUUGGCUUCGUUGUACAACAGAUCCAUCCACAUCACCUCUGUGUCUUCCAAGGAGGACUUGGAGUUGAUCAAGAUGGCCAAGGCCAAGGACUUGAGCGUUACUUGCGAUGUCUCCGUCUACGCUUUGUUCUUGUCUCAGGAUGACUACUCCAAGUUUGCUUUCUUGCCUACUGCCGAGGACCAGGCCGCUUUGUGGGAGAACUUGGAGCACAUUGACUGCUUCUCUAUUGGUGUCUUGCCAUACAUGGUUGCCAGAGGUCUUGGUCAUGAUGUCACUCCAGCUUUUGGCAUCAAGGAGGCCUUGCCAUUGUUGCUUUCUGCCGUCAAGGAGGGCAAGCUCACUGUCAAGGACAUUGUUAAGCGUUUGCACGACAACCCUGUCCAGAUCUUGAACCUUCCAAAGCAGGAUGCUUCUGUCGAGAUCGACAUUGAGAGAGCUGUUCCCGUCUCUGUGGCUAUCAGCUCCAUCUUCGGUAGCCGUAAGUUCCAGGGCUACAUCGAGAGAGUCUCCCUUCACGGUGAGACUGUUUGCUUGGACAGCUCUAUCUUGCCAUCUGACGCUUCUGGUAAGAAUGAGUUUGCCACCAGAGACAGAUUUGGAUCGAUCACCAGCCUUCCUCAGUCUCCUAACUUGAAGAAGGUCAGAGCCUCUUUCGGUGAGGGUCGUCGUCCAUCUUUGAUGAAGGAGAGAGAGCAGCAGCCUUCUCAGGGCACUUUGGAGAAGUUGGGAUCUGAAUUGGUCUCUCAGCCACCAUCUGGCAACUUGUCCGACUCUGAUGCCUUGACCAACUACAUCAGAAGAAACAACACUUUCCUCAGAAACUCCGUUUUGUCUGUCAAGGACUUCACCCGUUCUGACUUGCACUCCUUGUUCACUGUCGCUCAGGAAAUGAGAUUGGCUGUUGAGAGACAGGGUGUCUUGGACUUGUUGAAGGGCAGAUUGUUGUGCACCAUGUUCUACGAGCCAUCUACCAGAACCUCUUCCUCUUUCGAUGCCGCUAUGCAGAGAUUGGGUGGUAGAGUUGUGGCUGUCGCUGCUGACUCUUCUUCCGUGAAGAAGGGCGAGACUUUGCAAGACACUAUUCGCUCCUUGGCUUGUUACUCCGACGCUAUUGUGUUGAGACACCCAACCGAGGAGUCUGCUGACAUUGCUGCCAAGUACUCUCCAGUGCCAAUCAUCAACGGUGGUAACGGAAGCAAGGAACACCCAACCCAGGCUUUGUUGGACUUGUUCUCCAUCAGAGAGGAAUUGGGUACUGUCAACGGUAUCACUGUCACUUUCAUGGGUGACUUGAAGUACGGCAGACCAGUUCACUCGCUCUUGUACUUGUUGCGUCACUACCAGGUCAGAGUGCAAUUGGUGGCUCCUAAGGAGUUGUCCUUGCCUGAGAGCAUCAAGACUAUGUUGAAGGAGCACAACAUGUUGUCUGUUGAGACCGAACAGUUGACUCCUGAGCUCAUUGCUAAGUCUGAUGUCUUGUACUGUACCAGAGUCCAGGAAGAGAGAUUCAAGGACAGAGAGCAGUACUUGAGAUUGAAGGACACUUACAUUGUCGACAACAAGAUCUUGUCUCACGCCAAGCUGCACAUGUGCGUGAUGCACCCAUUGCCUAGAACCAGUGAGAUCAAGGAGGAGGUUGACUUCGACCAGAGAGCUGCCUACUUCAGACAAAUGAGAUACGGUUUGUAUGUCAGAAUGGCCUUGUUGGCUAUGGUCAUUGGUGUUGACUUUUAA